AUGAAUAUGGAAAUUUCGGAUCUAGCAGAGCCCCUUACUGCUGCUGUAGAGCCAUCUGCACCCGUCAUUGACGAUCAAUGGGCGACUACGCCGGGUCCUAUGCCUCCUUUGUUUCCUGAGCAGAGCCUCGCAACGCAGAUAUCCAAGAGUCUUGAUAAGGAUGAGAGCAGCUCAUACCAGUUGCUUGGAAUAUCUUCUGAAGCUGACCCGUGGUUACUAAGGCAUUGCAAAUACGACCACCAUGGGACCAGGCAGUUUAUGAAGGUGCACUUCAGAAAUGCGGGGGGUGUGCCGACGAUAGACAAGGUCCCAUCUCAUUUUCUCAUCAGUGACAGUUCCAUAUACAGUGCUGCAAGGGCAGAAACUCGAGUGGCUGGGCAUGAUGACCCUCGAGCUGAGCUGAUGUGCCAUGUGCCGAUCGAAUAUGGUCAACGCCUUUUUCGCCUAUUCAUGGUACACGUCUUUCCCACUUUGCCUGUUCUGUCCAGGACCGACCUGGGACUCGGCCCAGAGAACUCAAUUCCGGAAAGGAGCAUCCUGGACAAAAUCCCGACACACCUUCUGGCGGCCAUAUACGGAUCUGCUCUUCCUUUCGCCUCUGAAGAAGACCACCUAUUUACGUUUGUUCUUUUCGAGAAACCCUCCGAGUCAGAGAUUUGGCAAAUCGUUUAUAAAUUAAUCAUGGAAGAAAUAUAUACCCCGAGGCUAUCUGUAAUGCAGGCUGCCAUAUUGUAUCUUCAUAAAACGCAAAAAGAUGACCAAAGUUAUGCGGUGGCAGACACACCUUUCACUUGGUCCUUUAUGGGAUGUGUCGUUGGACUGGCCCAUUCUCUUGGACUUCAACUUGAAUGCGGGAUGAUGGGGCUGCCGGCAUGGGAGAAGAGGCUGCGAAGGCGACUCUGGUGGGCGUUGUAUAUUGAAGAUAAGUUUCUGUCCCUGCUGCUGGGGAAGCCACCCUAUCUUCGCUCCUCAGAAUGGGAUGUGUUGGAGCUCAGCGAUGAUGACUUCGUAAUAACACCACAGCCUCUCGUGCCGGUAGCUGAUUUGAAGCUACCAUUUCGUGAUAUGGCUCGCCUGGCAGUCAUUGCCGAAGCAGUGCAGGAGAAGCUGUAG